AUGUCCAAGAAGAGGCACCAUCUCAGCGAGCGCCAGCUCCUCAUACAGGAGUACGAGCGCGGCUUCCUUCAAGCCUACCAAGGCUACAUCCAGGGACUCGAGCUCCGUUCCGAAUCGCUACCAUACAUACCCUGGGCAUAUGGAGCGCGUCUUUGCAGGCAAUCAUUUAUGCUGCGACGCAUCCAGGAACUUGAACAAGAAAAGCAGGAACUUAGACGCGAGAUGCGAGUCCUCAAGGACCAACUGAGCGCGAGCGAAAGAGCGGCGAUUAAGCUGCAGCUGGGUCAUUGCAACGAGAAGGAAGAGGUGCGGAACAAAUUUGCCCAAGAAAAAGAAGAGAUGUGGAACAAAUUUGCCAACGAAAAAGAAGUGCUUGUGCGUAUGAGUACAAUACAACACCAGAUUGUUAUGUGCGAGCUGGCGGCUACAAAGAAGGAGCUCGAACUGAGGGUUGCGCUUCUAAUGAAAGAGUCCAAGUAG